CUGCUCACACCAGGGGAGGAGGGAGAACCAUCCCGGGCCGCCCAGAGGCUUCGGCAGGGCUGGAGCUGCUGCUCGGAGCUGCAGGAAACCCGUGCGGUUUGAAAAUAAAAGCUGCGUGUGCCCUGGGCAGGCUGGGUGCCGCUGUGUGGCGGCAGCAAACGGGGAUGUAAACAGCCGGGGGCGAGUCUUUAUCAUCACAGAAAAAUUCAGCGGGAGGGGUGGAUGCUGCUGGGCAAAGGAAACGCUGCGGAGGAAACGCUGGGGCAGCGUUACCGACACCGUGGGGAGGUGCCGCUGCUAUUUGGAGUACGAGCCACGCAGGGAUUCCCAGGAUGCGCUCCCUUCAUAACGGAGCGUUGCUCAAGGCUCGGUAGCUGCGAAGAGCUCGGCAAAUUAAAUCCUGCUCCGACAAGUUCUGGAGGAGCUGAAGUAAACACCGCUCCCUUUCCUGCCUCGUGUUUGGCUGCUCCCCGCUGCUCCGGCCGCGGCAUCUCCCCGAGAACCGCUGGGGCAGGAGGAAAAUCCCGCAGCAAUUCCCGCAGGAGCGGCUCGGGACGGGCCGGAGCACCUGGAGGCACCUGGAGGCACCUGGAGGCACCUGGAGGCACCUGGAGGCACCUGGAGCACCUGGAGCAAAACUCCCUGCCCUUCCCAAAGGUACCUCUGCACAUCCAGGACCUCAGCAUGGCCACGGUGGUGCCGGAGAAGCUGAGCCAGCUCUUCAUCAACAUCAGGCAGCUCCCUCAGCUGCUGGGGCCGCCGGCGCCGGGCACGGUGAGCAGCGCCGAGGUGCCGCCGGUGUUCUGGAAGCCCUACAUCCACGGCGGCUACCGGCCCGUGCGCCAGACCUGGCGCUAUUACUUCUCCACGCUCUUCCGGCAGCACAACGAGGCCAUCAACGUGUGGUCGCACCUGGCGGCCGCGCUGGCGCUGCUGCUGCGCUUCCGGCAGCUCUGGCAGCGCGUGGACUUCGGGCAGGACGAGCACGCCCGGCCCCUGCUCAUCAUCCUGGCCGCCUCCAUCACCUACCUGAGCUUCAGCAGCCUCGCCCACCUGCUGCAGGCCAAGUCCGAGUUCUGGCACUACAGCUUCUUCUUCAUGGACUACGUGGGGGUGGCCGUGUACCAGUACGGCAGCGCCCUGGCUCACUUCUACUACGCCAUCGAGCCGGGCUGGCACCGCCGCGUCCGCGGCUUCUUCCUGCCGCUGGCGGCGGCGCUGGCCUGGCUGUCCUGCGCCGGCUCCUGCUACGCCAAGUUCCGUUUCCACCCCCGCUGCCCGCUGCCCGGCCGCCUGUGCCAGGAGCUGCCCUCGGGCCUGGCCUACCUGCUGGACAUCAGCCCCGUGCUGCACCGCAUCUGCACCGCCGCGCGCCCCGACCCCGCCCUGCUCUACCACAAGUGCCAGGUGCUCUUCUUCCUCAUCGGUGCCUUCUUCUUCUCCCACCCCUACCCCGAGAAGUGGUUCCCCGGGAGGUGCCACUUCUUCGGGCAGAGCCACCAGAUCUUCCACGUGUUCCUGGUGCUGUGCACGCUGGCGCAGAUCGAGGCCGUGGUGCUGGACUACGAGUCCAGGAGGGAGAUCUACUCCUCCCUCCAGGGGCAGCUGGCUCACGACUUCUCCGCCCUGUUCCUCCUCACCGUCGCCUGCUCUGUCCUCACGGCCGCCUACAUGGCCCGGAGGGUGAAGAACAAGCUGGGCCUCAAGGAAGAGUAAAGAAGCUCAGCCCAAAUCCAGCCCCAAGCGUCCAGAUGCUGCUUCAUGAGCUGUUACUCAGCAAGUGCUUUCUCUAGGGAGUGAGAGAUGCUUUUAAUGCUUUUAUAAUCCAGCCUAAGUUCCAGCUUGCUCAUAGAAUGGUGCACGGGUUCAGUUCACCUCUGAAUAAACAGUUGGAACGAA